AUGGCAGAAGAACAAGAUGUAAAUUCUGAAGAUGAAGGAAUGGGUAUGUUUGAAAUUGAUCUUGAUAGACCUGAAUUAGGUCAUUUGGCUACUUGGUCCGUCAGUUCACACAAGUAUGGGUUUGGGGUGGAGAAUUUACAAGAUGGUAAUGAGAAUACUUUUUGGCAAUCAGAAGGUCCACAACCACACACUAUCGAUCUUGCUUUCCCAAAACGGGUCUUCAUAUCUUCCAUUGCACUUCAUACAUCUCACCCACGAGACGACUCAUACACCCCUUCCAAACUUUCCAUACGAGCCGGUACAGGUCUACAUGAUUUACAAGAGGUGAUGUUUAAAGAAUUCUUUAAACCAGACGGAUGGCUUUUGAUACCUCUUCGACCACAUGAUUCUUCACCUGAAGGACAAAUGAUUGAAGGACCUCCAAUACCUUGUCAUCAUUUACGUAUCCUAGUCCUUGCUAAUCAUCUGAAUGGGAAAGAUACGCAUGUGAGGGGAUUGAAGAUUUUCGGUGCGCCAUCGGCGUGA